AUGUCUGCCUCAACUGAAGAAAAUCAUUGUCUAAAAAAUUUACGAAAGUGCUCAAAUGAUCAAUCAUUUCACUUCUCUGAAGGAAAUUUAUCUAAUUCAAAUGAUAUAAUCAAUUCACUUGACCAAAUCCAAUGGACAAAUUUAACGUCAUUAGAUCUAUCAUCAAACAAACUCCGUGAUAUUACACUUUUAACUUAUGCUGAUAAAUUAGAAAUUUUGAAUCUGUCGAAUAACUUCUUAAAUAACGUCUCUUCAGUGAUCGGUUGCAAAAGUCUAAUUAGUUUGGAUAUCUCAAAGAAUGAUAUACAUGAACUACCAGAACUAAACAGGUUACCAUUUUUAGAAAAAUUAAAUGCAUCCCAUAAUCCAUUAGCGAGUAUUUCCGGUUUAUGGGGAUGUAUGAAUCUGAGAUAUUUAGAUAUGACCUCAUGUCAUUUAACUUCAUCUAUAUUAACAGGAUUAAAUCAUAAUGAAAUUCAACUUGGUGCUAUUAAUCCCUUAGAAACAACGAAUACUUUAUUGAUUUAUUUAAAAGAAAAGAAUCUUUUCGAUAAAUUACAACCAACAUUAUUAGGUAUCCCCAAUUUACGUUUAUUAAAUUUAAGUGAUAAUCCUCAAAUUUUUCAUAUUUUAACUUAUCAAUUCAAUAGAAAUGAAUGGUGUUCUAUACAAACGAAUUUAUAUAAUAAGGAUUCAUUACAUAAUCCAUCUAAGAAUGAUCCUAGUGGUUAUGGUUUAUUACCAACUAAUAUUGAAUAUUUAAAUUUACAAAAAUGUAAUAUACAUUUCAUUCAUGGUUUAACAUUGAUGAAACGUUUACAUACACUUAAUUUAAGUCAAAAUCAAAUUAUAGAUGAUCAAGCUUUAAUGCCACUUAAAUCAUUAACAUCUUUACAAAAUUUAAAUUUAAAAAAUAAUCCAAUUUGUGAUCAGAAUAAUUAUUUUGAAAGAAUAAUUUUUCAAUUGAAGUAUUUGAAAGUCUUGGAUGAUCGUCGAGUGUCAAUAAUCGAUAAAGUACGUUCAAAUCUCUACUAUGAACCUACAUUAGAACAAGUAGCCAGAGAAGAUCAUCGAAUUAAUUUACUGCAUCAAUUUACAAAACCGCAACGAUUAAGAGAUUGUACUUUACCAAGUCUAGAUACACCAUAUCCAAUUCUUGCUAUUAUUGGACCAGCUGGUAUUCAUAAACGUCAAUUAAGAAAAUUAUUAUGUCAAAAAUUAGAUAAUUAUUUUGCACCACUUAUAUGUCAUACAGAUAGAUUACCUAAAUAUAAACUAAUAAAACAAUUCAAUUCUGUUCAACCAAAAGAUUCAUCUCAUAAUAUAACAACCACCCAAACUCGAUUAAACAAUAAUAAUAAUAAUAAUUCAAUAGAGAAUAAAAUGUUAUAUGAUUCUAAUUCGGAAAUUGAUGGUAUCGACUAUUAUUUUGUGAAUACAGAAGUGUUUAAUAAAAAACGAAUUGAUGGUGAAUUUAUUCAAACUGCUAAAAUAAUGGGAUAUCAAUAUGGAUUAUCAUGGGAAAUACUAGAAAGUAUCGCACGUCGUGGUUUAGCCGGUAUUGUUGUUGGUGAAUUAGAACUAUUAUAUGGAUUACGUUUAGCUGGACUAAAACCUCGAUCUAUUUUGUGUUUACCAAGUAAUUUAUAUUAUUAUGAAAAAGGAUUACGUGCUAAUUUAUCACAAAUUCAUUAUACUCAAUCUGGAUUAUUAUGUAAUAAUGAUAAUAUAUUAGAAACAUUAUUAGAAAAUUCAGAGAAAUGGAUAAAUUGGUAUAUUCAUAGAACUUCUCAAUUAUAUCCACAAAUACAUCGUGAUAAUCCUGGAUUAUUUGAUGCAGCAUUAUCUAUUGAUGAUACACAAGAAUUAUUUCAACAAUUACUUUUAUUAAUUUUUGACUAUUUAGGUAUAAAUAGCUCCAAUGAAUUUCCUAAUAUCCAGAUGAACGAUAAUGGUAUUGCUGAAAUAUAA